CUUCCACAGUACCCAUCCUGCGUGUUGAGUCAUGAUGGCUUUGUUUUGCCAAGGGGUGCUGCUCGCCAUCCUGGUAGCUGCCAUGUCAGUUAAUGCAGACAUGAAAGUGGACUGCAGGCCUGAUUAUAUGACGCUGGUGUGGAGAGAGAGCAGGAACCCGGUCGACCCCUCGCUCUUUCGUCUCGGUAACUGUCUUCCCACCAGCUUCUCGGGCGGGGAGGCCGUUUUCACUGUGGGCUUCAACGACUGCAACUUCAGGAGACUGGUCACUGGGAAUCAUCUAAUGUACAGCAAUGACCUGAUGUACAUCUCCUCUCCAGACUCCAACGAACUCCCCUUCACUCACCCAGUUGUGUGUUCCUAUGAGAGGCCUAAAGAUUGGUACCCCCCCACCUACGACCCUGUGUUUAAUACAUUUGGUCAAGGAGAGAUGGUUUUUCAUAUUGGACUAAUGAAUGAGGAUUUCUCAGGCCCUGCUGAAUCCACCACUUUUCCUCUGGGCUCCUUCAUACCCAUCAUGGCGAGUGUGGAGCUAAACUUCCAUCAGCCCUUGCUGCUGCUUCUUGAUGAAUGUGUUGCUGCCGCCACGCCAGAGCUGACUCCUGGAAGUGAUUUAUACCCAAUAAUCACAAAUAAGGGAUGUCUUGUGGACAGCAAAACCUCCCGUUCAAAAUUUGAACCAAGGCAAAAGUCAUCUGAGAUCCAACUGUCCCUUCAAGCCUUUAAGUUUGCCAUUGGAAAAGAGGUGUAUUUGCACUGCCAACUUGUGGCUUGGGAUCCUGUUGGGCUUGACCACACAAAGAAGGCCUGCAACUACAUCAAAAAUCGCGGCUGGGAGCUUAUGGAUAACCCUGCAUAUAGCAACCUAUGUGACUGCUGUGAGUCAACCUGCAAGUCCAGGAGGAUCAGGAGUACUGCCUCGGGUAUGUAAACCAUCUGUGACGUGUUUGGAUUAAACUGGUCUCAUUUUACUGAUGGUCCAAAGGUGUUUGUGUAACAGGGAAGCUUGGGGUGGUAAAGAAAGCCGUCCUCGGUCCUUUCACAAUCACUGAGAACCCCUGAAGCAUCAAACAAUGAAUUCAUCUGAAGGACUGGCUCCGACAAUCUGACUUGGUUUUUAUUGUUUCCAGCUUUGAAAAGCUUGGUUGCCUCUUUGCAUUUCAGAUUUGAUGCCAUUAAAGAUGUAUCCAUUCAA